AUGGAACAUAUUUAUCGGAGAGUCAGAUCGGGGCUGGCGUUCAGGUUUCUUUCUCGAACCGCCAGACUCCCCCGGACGCAGCCGCACAGGACCUUGCAGUGUCCACAGCGAUGGAAUUCCGUGCUUGCAACAGCUACACCACCUCUGGAAAUACCAGCAAUAAAGCUCCGAGAUUAUCAGGAAGAAUGCAUUCAAUCGGUACUAGACCAUGUUGACCAAGGGCAUAAGCGCUUAGGCAUAUCUUUAGCCACAGGCUCUGGGAAAACGGUCAUAUUUACUCAGCUUAUCGGGAGAAUCCCUCCGCGAAAUGAGAAUGGAGAUAAGACCCUGAUUGUCGUUCAUCGGAGAGAGCUGGUUGAGCAAGCGUACAGGCACUGUCGCCUCGCAUACCCGGACCUCACCGUGGAGAUUGAGAUGGGUAAUCGCGCCGCAUCGGGGUUCGGCGAUAUUAUCAUUGCCUCUGUCAGGAGCCUUACAUCAGGGGAGCGACUUGCAAAGUUUGAUCCCCGCCGCUUCAAGCUGGUCUUGGUGGAUGAGGCGCAUCAUAUCGUUGCUCCGACGUAUCGCACAGCACUUGCGCACUUCGGACUCAACGACAAAUCUCCUGAUUCCCCUGUCCUAGUUGGUGUAUCCGCAACCUUCUCACGAUUCGACGGGCUCAAGCUGGGCGCUGCCAUUGAUCAUAUUGUGUACCAUAAAGACUAUACGGACAUGAUCAAUGAGAAUUGGCUCGCCAACGCUAUGUUUACCACUGUCCAAUCCAAGGCAAAUCUGUCACGGGUCCGAAAGGACAAAUUUGGGGAUUUUGCCUUGGGACAACUAUCCAAAGCUGUCAAUACACUCCAAACCAACGAGAUCACUGUCCGUGCGUGGCUGGCUAACGCAGCAGAGCGAAAAUCUACUUUGGUAUUCUGCGUUGACAUUGAACAUACGAAACAAUUAACCGACACUUUUCGACAAUCGGGUAUUGAUGCUCGGUACAUCACAGGCACUACUCCAAAAGCAACGAGAGAUGAGCAACUGGAAAAGUUCAGAAAUAGGGAGUUUCCUGUUCUGCUCAAUUGCGGUCUCUUCACAGAAGGAACAGAUAUACCCAACAUUGAUUGUGUAUUGCUUGCGCGGCCAACUAGGUCGCGCAACCUUCUCAUCCAGAUGAUUGGAAGAGGCUUACGAUUAUACCCAGGCAAGAAGGAUUGCCAUAUAAUUGAUAUGGUAGCCACACUGGACACGGGGGUCAUAUCUACUCCUACGCUUUUUGGGCUUCACCCUGAUGAGGUUGUGGAAAAGGCGACAGCGGAAGAUAUGAAAGCGAAGAAAACCAGUGCAGACGAGGUCAGUAGAGAGCCAGGGGAUCUGCCAUCCUCUGGAAGCGAACCAGACAUGCCCAAUGACGUGAAACUCACAUUCACCAAAUAUGACACUAUUUACGACCUAAUCCAUGACAUGAAAUCCGAAAAACACAUUCGCUCCAUCAGCCACAACGCUUGGGUUCGGGUCGGUGAUAACCGUUACCUUCUCUCGGGUGGGACGGGGUGGUUGAGCUUGGAACGACAAGACCCGGGGGACGAGCAAUCACCUCAGUACACGGUUCACCAGGUGAUGACAUUCAAAUCUGCUGAUGAGACCAAGAAGUACACCCGCCCACGACUAGUCGCCAGCGCAGAAGACUAUGAAUCAGCCGUUCGCGCCGCCGAUACAUUUGCAGCUUCCCACUUUGACAACCACUACAUAUCUGCCAGACAGCAGUGGCGUAAUUACGCGGCGUCUCAGUCACAAAUACGGUUUCUUAAUGCGUCCAACAUCCGCGAGGGUAAUAUAAGGCACACUGACCUUACGCGAGGCCAAGCUGCCGAUCUCAUAACGAAGCUAAGAUUUGGCUCGAAGAAGAGAUUUGCGGCGAAACGGAAGCAACGCGCGAAGCAAGACGAGAAGAUUCGCAACAUCGAAGAGUUGCAUAGACGAGGAGAAGUUAGGGUAGGUCCUGUUGAGGGUUAA